ACUAGCAUCAGUUAUAUCAGAACUGGAGAGUAUUUCUUCAUUGAAAGAAGAGCAAAGAAAGGCAGUGAAGGUUUUUCUCAAUGGAAAAGAUGUUUUCACUCUUCUUCCGACUGACUUCGGUCUCUCAGUCACUGGAGCUGUUGUCGGUGUGAGUAUUAGAACUUUACUGAGGCAGUCUGGAGCAGAAUGCAUCCAGUCCGUUGGUUCCUUGCAGUUCUCCUUGCAGUUGGCACCUCUGAGCUUUGUUGUGCCGGACCUCUCCAUGCCCAGUGCAAAGUAGAAUGGUACUUUGGCAUACCAUGUCAAGUGGUUUAUGAAUCCCUAGUCUCACAGAUUAAGGAGUGGAGAACCAUGGCUGGCUGCACCAUGGGAGGACAGAGGUGCCUGUACAAGCUGCAGUCUGCCUCUGUCCACUUUAUAGCAGCCAAACACACCACUCCCUUUAAGAGGUAUGUGGACGACAUCAACUUCCGGCUGGUCUCCUAUCACUUCUUCACUUGCUGUCACGUUUCGGCCAUGUCCCUCUCUGAGACCUGGUAUGCCAUUAAAGACCAUGGCACCAACUACUGCAACCUCUACAACCUCAUGGAAGGAAGUGGUCUGACUGAAGCCAGAGGUUAUAAAGAGGUCACCAGUGACUUCCUGUGUACCCAACGCUCCUCUGCUAACUGCACUGUCUACUGAUGAAUAUUCAGGAUGAUCAGAGACCAUCACAGUAUAUCAAGAGUGAGUGGACAAUUUAGAAGUUUUGAUUUUCUUCUUUAUUUGAAUGGCUAGAAAAAAUAUGUAUUUGCAGAUUGUAUUAAAAUCAGAAUAGCGUGACAUUACCUGCUUGCUACUGUUGUAUUUUGGUGUCCAUUGUCUUCCUGUCUUCCUUAUACAAUACAUGCAUAAUGAAUACAUUGAAACAUUAUUCAGUUUAGUCUAUGCAGAGUUUUAACAUAUUUUCACAUUCCUUUCAUACAUAUACAAAAACACUUUCAUACCAUAUUCUAUGAUACAAUACAACAAAUUCCCACUUUCAUUAAAUACCAACAAAAAGUCAAGUUUUGGUUCUUGCAGUUCAUGCACUUGAAGGACUGAUACAUCUUGAUUGCAGUUAUCUUGAACAGCAGCGCAGUCUUAUAAAGGCAACAUGAGUAGAGACUUGAAACCAUGAUCAGCAUGAUAAUGAAAUUGACUCAGAUGUGUAUACAGUUUAUACUUUUGAUGCAGGUACAUUUCAUUCAGUGUAGUGUUUAAUAGAAAUCCUCAUCAAAAUUAUUGAUUAAUUAAUUUCCAUUACUUUGAUAACAGUCCAACAUUUAUUGAAUUUAUCUCUUUUGCCUACAGUUUCAACUAAAUUUGGAUUGGUCUUUUUUUUAAGUUUACUGAUUAUAUUUCACUGUAUACCCUAUUUUACUAUGUGUUGGUUCUGUAUUGAA